ACAGGAGGUGCAGAGCUGGCGUGUGGAUGAAGCUCUCCUUGGGGAUCUCUGUGAAUUCAGACUUGACGAAGGACCUGAGCAGAAGAAGGGAAUGUAAAAGGACUGCAAUGCACCCCCCCGGAAACAGGAAACAUACAAACAGGCGUCAAGACGACGAGUACGAGUACGAGUAGAAUAUGAGGCUGCCUUACAGCGAGAUGACAUCCGGAGGGAAGGUGCGGGGGAUCAGGCCGGCGCUCUCGCAGAGCGCGUUGUCUUUGGUGCAAGUGCACGACGCGGGACACCGAGGCUGCCUGGCCCGCUUGGAGUCCACUUGCAGCCCCACGCACGCCAGCACAAGCAAGGCGAGCCACGGGGAUGCUCGGCGCGAUGUGGGAUCCAUCCUCGCUGAACCGCCUCGGGACAGGACCCGACCUCAGGACUGGCUCUCCACCACCAGCAGCACCAGCACCAGGUUGCUGUUUAUCCGGAACCGGGGCUCCACCGAGCGGUGCAAACACGCACAAACAAGCCUCUGUGGUGGAGAUCGACCAACGGAUCACUCAAGCGGCGUGGGCAUGGGGGCAGGUGGGAAUCCCAGCGGGAGCAGACGGAGCAUCUCCAUCCAAUAAAAACCACGCCUUAUGAGACCUGCGAGGGAACCAGUUCACUUGUGACUGUAAGCUCAAGUGGUUGGUGGAGUGGAUCUACAGCACCAACGCUACCGUGGAUCAGAUUUACUGCAAGGGCCCGUCGGCGCUGCAAGACAAGAGGAUCAACGACCUGAUACCUCAGGCCUUCGACUGUAUCACUACAGGUGUUUGAUCUUCUCCUGGUCUGCUUGAUAACGCUCCACCAUGACCCUCCAUAGGAUAGAAGACUGGGACGACGACAAGAAGCAAAUCAAACAUCUUUUUCCAGACCGACAUGACAUCAUUCACUUCUCAAGACCAAUACGAUAUCGAUAACUUUUUUAGAUGUACGAAAAUUCUGAUUCAACCGGGCACACUUUUUGGGCACACUUGGAGGAGAACAUGAGCAUGGAGUGGAGGGAGCUACUUAUUCAUAUGACAUCACAAUUCCCAGUCCGACAAUGAUUGUACACCCCUAAUUAGAAGACGUGGACUGGCCGAUCUUAAGCUUUCCACUCCUUCAACGCGACACCAUCAAAGGGUAAAGAGGCUUCAAAGCGUGAGGCAUGACGUUGACUCGUGGGUCUUCAACAGCUACGCCACCUACAGUACAACAAAUGUUCUCGCUGACUUUUCUUCGGAAUAAUAUGGUCCUCCUCUGAGAAUACUUUUGGACUUAUUCAUUACCAAAAUGUUGCGGGUGGUUGUGGAAUCUGCGUGUGGCAUCCCCAAAAAGAAACUCGGAAACCCUGAUCCAAUUGCUGCUGUUGUGUUCAGAGGUGAAAAGAAGAAAACCAAAGCUGUUGACAAUGAGCUAAAUCCCACAUGGAAUGAAGUGCUGGAAUUUGAUCUGAAGGGUUCUGCCUUGGAUGCGUCUUCACUCAUCGACGUGGUUGUGAAAGACUACGAGACAAUCGGCAAAGACAAGUUCAUUGGUUCUGCAAAGAUCUCUUUAAAAGACCUGGCGGGUGGUGAGGUGAGGUCACUGCCGUCUAAGAAUGUGCCCUUGAGCAAUGAGAAGCAGCAGCCUAUUGGGGCAACUAUUAGUUUGCUCAUCGGGUAUGAACCACCUGGGGACGAAGCUGAUGGAGGGGUGUCCCAUCUGGAUAAUGGAGCCUUUGAGGAAGGUGAUGAGGGGGAUGCUGAUGCGGAGGCGGGGGGUCAGAUGGGAAGCCCAGCAGGUCUGGGCUCGCCAAGGCAGCCUGGCCACAAGCCGAUCCGCAUCAGCCGCAAGAGGCACCGAGCCCUGGCUAAUAAGGCUCAGGAUUUCCAGAUCCGUGUGCGGGUGAUUGAGGGUCGACAGCUGCCUGGCAACAACAUCAAGCCUGUGGUGAAGGUCAACGUGUGCGGUCAGACGCACAGAACACGAAUAAGAAGCGGAAAUAACCCUUUCUUUGAUGAGAUGUUUUUCUACAACGUGAACAUGCUCCCUUCAGAGCUGUUGGAUGAGACCAUCGGUCUACGGGUUUAUGAUUCCUUCUCCUUGAGAGCUGACAGCCUAAUGGGAGAGUUCAAGCUGGAUGUUGGCUACAUCUACGAUGAAGCUGGUCACGCCGUUAUGAGGAAGUGGCUCCUCCUGAGUGAUCCGGACGACUCCGGCUGCGGUGCCAAAGGUUACCUGAAAGUCAGCAUUAUCAUCGUGGCAACUGGGGAAGAGCCACCGACGGAGAGGAGAUGCAUGAGUGAGGAGCAGGACGACAUCGAGAGCAACCUUUUGGUUCCGGCAGGAGUUGCAAUGCGAUGCGCCACUCUCAGCCUCAAGGUGUACCGUGCCGAGGACAUGCCGCAAAUGGAUGAUGCAUUUGUGCAAACGGUAAAGCAAGUUUUUGGUGGGGAUGGAGACAGGAAGAACUUAGUGGAUCCAUAUUUGGAGGUCAGCUUUGCUGGGAAAAAGCUGUGCACCAAAGUCAUUGAGAGAAAUGCAAACCCCGAAUGGAAUCAAAUGGUUCGCCUCCAAGUCAAGUUCCCGUCCAUGUGUGAACGCAUCAAGUUGACCAUGUUUGACUGGGACCGCGUCAGUAAAGACGACGCCAUUGGAACGGCAUUCUUAAACCUGAGUCAGAUGUCCUCCGCGGGCGGCGAGCUUGAAGAAACACAAGGUGAAAUUUCCAACACCCUGUCUGAAUCGUCCCUUGAAGCAAGCGAGACUGGCUUCCUGCCGACUUUUGGGCCAUGUUAUGUCAACUUGUAUGGCAGUCCGAGGGAAUUCACCGGCCUCCCUGACCCAUACGACGACCUCAACCUCGGCAAGGGCGAAGGCGUGGCCUACAGGGGGCGGGUCCUUGUUGAGCUGUCCACUCAACUCGAUGGAAAGGUUGACAAGAGCAUCGACGAUAUCUCUAGCGAUGACAUCCUGGUGGCACAGAAAUACCAGCGGAGGAGGAAGUUCUCUCUGUGCGCCGUCUUCCACAGCGCUUGCAUGCUCCAAGAGCCGGGCGAGCCCAUCCAGUUUGAGGUCAGCAUCGGAAACUAUGGGAACAAGCUGGACUCCACCUGCAAGCCUCUGGCGUCCACCACCCAGUACAGCUUUGCCGUGUUUGACGGUAACCACUACUAUUACCUGCCGUGGGCCGACACAAAGCCUGUCGUCACCCUCACGUCCUCUUGGGAAGACAUCAGCCAUCGCUUGGACUCUGUUAACAUUCUUCUCUCUAUUGCCGAGCGCCUGGAAUCCAACCUGUCCGCUUUAAAAACGGCCAUCCAAGCUAAAGUCUCUGAGGCACGACUGCUUGAAAUUCGGCUCAAACUCAUCGAUCACAUGCUGGAGGACUUGAAGAGUUCCCAGCUGCCCACGGUGGAGGACCAGCCCAAUGUGACGACGCUGGAUCUUCAGAUGAAAAGCAUGCGUGAUGCUGCACUGGAUAGCCUCCGACAGACGGCCAGCAGCAUGAGAGAGGACGUCACAGAUGUCAAGGCCACUGUUAGUGACAUUGAAGACUGGUUGGACAGAAUCAAGCAGCUGGCAGAUGAGCCUCAGAACAGCAUGCCUGACGUGAUCAUCUGGAUGUUGCGAGGAGAGAAGCGAGUGGCGUUUGCCCGUGUGCCAGCCAACCGCAUCCUCUACUCCAACUUCAGCGAGCAGGCAUGCGGCAAACACUGCGGACGGACUCAGACCAUCGUCAUGCAGUACCCCAUGGACAAAAGCAAAGGCGUCAAGAUCCCCGUCCAGCUGAGGGUCAACAUGUGGCUCGGCCUCACUGCACAUGAGAAGAAGUUCAACAGCUUCUCCGAGGGAAACUUCAGCGUCUAUGCGGAAAUGUAUGAAAACCAGGCUCAGGUGUUUGGGAAGUGGGGGACCACCGGCCUGGUCGGUCGCCAUAAGUUCUCCGACGUGACAGGAAAAGUGAAGCUCAAACAGGAGCGAUUCCUGCCACCACGCGGCUGGGAAUGGGAAGGCGACUGGUUUGUCGACCCCGAGCGAUGCUUGUUGACAGAAGCCGACGCCGGCCACACAGAGUUCACCGACCAAGUGUUUCAGAACGAAACACGUUUCCCCGGUGGAGAAUGGAAAGCUGCUGCAGAGCCCUACACGGAUGUGAAUGGAGAAAAGGCCCAGAGCCCCUCGGAGUUGGAGUGUCCCCUCGGAUGGACUUGGGAAGAUGAGUGGACUUUUGACAGCAACAGAGCCGUGGAUGAGAAAGGUUGGGAGUAUGGCGUCACCAUUCCACCCGAAGAUAAACCCAAAUCCUGGGUGGCGGCAGAAAAGAUGUACCAUGUGCAUCGCAGGAAGAGGCUCAUCAGACCCAGGAGGAAGAUAUCUGAUAAAACAGUCGUCGAGAGGCGCGAGACAGGGGAAGGCUGGGAAUAUUCUUCCCUGAUUGGCUGGAAGUUCCACAGGAAAGAACGCUCCUCUGACACGUUCCGCCGUCGACGAUGGAGGAGGAAAAUGGUGCCAUCGGACCGCAUCGGGGCCUCCGCCAUCUUCCGGUUGGAAGGCGCGCUGGGCGUCGAUGUUGACGAGAAGGCCAGUAAAACGGAUGCCGCUAAACUAUUUGGAGCCAACACACCCACAGUUUCCUGCCACUUUAGCCGGUCAUACCGUUAUCAGCUGAGAGUGUACGUGUACCAGGCCAGGAAUCUCUGCGCCAUGGAUAAGGACAGUUUCUCAGAUCCUUACGCCCACGUGUCAUUCCUUCACCUGAGUAAGACCACAGAAGUCAUCAACGCGUCCUUGAACCCCACGUGGGAUCAGAGUCUCAUCUUUGAGGAUGUGGAAAUCUACGGAGACCCGCAGACCAUCGCUCACAACCCCCCGGAUGUGGUUUUGGAGCUUUACGACAGCGAUAAAGUGGGUAAAGAUGAGCCCAUGGGUCGCUGCCUGUGCCCUCCGGUUGUCAAAGUCAAGCUCAGUGGAGCAGUUACCCCCAAACUGAGGUGGUACCCCGUUAGCAAAAAGGAACGCAGUGCUGGAGAAGUACUGAUGGCGGCAGAGCUGCUGCUGAAGGACAAGGCAAAUGAGGCCGAUCUUCCUCUGGCUCCACCUCGGCGAGGGGAGAAGCUUUACAUGGUUCCUCAAGGGAUCAGGCCUGUGGUGCAGCUGACCGCCAUCGAGGUCUUGACUUGGGGCUUGAGGAACAUGAAGAGCUACCAGCUGGCUACGGUGGCUUCUCCUAACUUGAUCGUGGAAUGCGGUGGCGAGAUCGUUCAAACGGCCGUCAUCAAGAACUUCAAGAAGAAUCCCAACUUUCCUGGAUCUGUACUCCUGCUCAAAGUGCUUCUCCCCAAAGAAGAGACGUACACUCCUCCCAUCGUCCUGAAGGUCAUCGACCACAGACCCUUUGGAAGGAAGCCGGUGGUGGGUCAGUGCACCAUCGACUGCUUGGAAGUGUUCCGAUGUGACCCGUAUCGAGUUAACAAUGAAGUCUGCAUGUCUGCCAGAGUGGCAAUGAUAGCAGCUGCUCAUGGAGAUGUUAUCAUCAACAUGGAGGAAAGUCCAUCCAUCAAAGCUGAGGUUCAAACUGAGAAGGAAGAGGAAGCAGUGGACUGGUGGAGUAAGUUCUACGCCUCCAUCGGAUUGCAGGAGAAGUGUGGGCCUUACCUGAAAAAGGGAUAUGACACAUUACAGGUGUAUGACUGUGAACUAGAACAAGUGGAACAGUUCCAUGGCCUCACUGAUUUCUGCAGCACUUUCAAACUUCUACGAGGAAAGACAGACGAAGAUGAAGACGACCCCUCCGUUGUGGGGGAGUUCAAGGGCUCGUUCAAGAUCUACCCACUUCCUGAUGACCCUGGGGUGCCAGCUCCCCCUCGUCAGUUCCGAGAGCUUCCUGAAAGCGGACCUCAGGAAUGUCUGGUGAGAAUCUAUGUGGUGCGUUGCAUUGACCUGCAGCCCAAGGACACAAACGGCAUGUGUGAUCCGUACGUGAGGAUCACACUCGGGAGGAAAACCGUGGAUGACAGGGACAACUACAAACCAAACACUCUCAAUCCAGAGUUCGGAAGGAUGUUUGAGCUGUCCUGCUUCCUGCCACAAGACAAGGAUCUAAAAAUCGCCGUGUACGACUACGAUUUACUGAGCCGGGACGAAAAAGUCGGCGAGACCGUCAUCGACUUGGAGAACCGGCUGCUGUCCCGCUUCAGGUCCUGCUGCGGCCUGCCGCAGACGUACUGCACGUCAGGGGUUAAUCAAUGGAGAGACCAACAGAAACCUUCUCAGAUCCUCCAGAAUGUGGCCAAAAUUCGUGGUGUACCUUCUCCAAGUCUUGACGCCGAUGGAAGCUCUCUGUCUUUCGCAGGAAAACGAUACAACCUGCAGGAGUUCGAAGCAAACACCGCCCCCAACUCCCACACCGGUCCAGCUAGAGAGAGACUGGCACUGCAUGUCCUCAGAAACCAGGGUCUGGUACCAGAGCACGUGGAGACCAGAACCCUGUGCAGUUCCCACCAGCCCAACUUGUCUCAGGGACGGAUUCAAAUGUGGGUGGACGUUUUCCCCAAGAAUCUCGGACUACCGGGUCCUCCGUGUGAUGUCACUCCACGGAAAGCCAAGAAAUUCUAUCUGCGGAGUAUCAUUUGGAACACAACAGACGUCACUUUGGACGAAACGAGCAUCACGGGGGAAAGCAUGAGUGAUAUCUACGUGAAAGGAUGGAUGCCAGGGAUGGAGGAGGACAAGCAGAAGACCGACGUCCAUUACAGAUCCCUGGAUGGCGAUGGAAACUUCAACUGGAGGUUCAUCUUUGCCUUUGACUACCUGCCCGCAGAACAGCUGUGCGUGGUCUCCAGGAAAGAACACUUCUGGAAUCUGGAUAAAACGGAGUUCAGGAUUCCUCCCAAGAUGAUCAUCCAGAUCUGGGACAAUGACAAAUUCUCCUUGGAUGACUACUUGGGGUCAGUUGAGCUGGACCUCCUCAAUCUCAUCCCUCCUGCUAAAACCCCCGAAAAGUGCGGCUUGAAAAUGUUGCCCGGAUUGACUAACUCAGACCCCACCAAGAAAUCCCUCCUCAACUCGCUUUUCUCCCAGAAGUCCGUACGGGGCUGGUGGCCGUGCACCAUCGAGCAGGACGGGAAGCACGUUCUCGGCGGGAAAGUGGAGAUGACGCUGGAAAUCGUGGACGAGAAGGAGAUGGAGGAGAGACCCGCUGGGAAAGGCCGAGAGGAACCCAACAUGAAUCCCAAACUGGACUCACCCAAUCGUCCCGACACCUCGUUCUUCUGGUUCACAAGCCCUUGCAAGACCAUGAAGUUCAUCGUGUGGCGACGCUUCAAAUGGAUCGUCAUUGCAGGGAUACUCCUCCUGCUUGUGUUGCUGUUCUUUGGAAUACUCUUCUACUCGCUGCCUAAUUAUAUCUCCAUGAAGAUUGUGAAGCCUUUCUCCUAGGAGACAUGCAUCAAACAAACAUUUGCUGGAAUUGUCCCUCAGAGCAAUAUGAAAUUAUUUUCACAAAUACUGUAUGUUUGUAUCAUUUGCACUAUUAUGACAUGUUUGUUGUCCAUUUCAAACGCUCAAUCAAUCUAAUUCUAUAAGUUUUAGUCGCUGUGUAAAUGAUGCCUUCAUGUAAUUUCUGUUACAAUGUGUACAGGUUGUUUUGUGUAUUUUCAUUAAGCAGUUUGCCUUAUUAAAAAUGUACACAUGAAAUACAUUCAAUUCAUCAUUACGCUUUGUGAAAUAGUAAUGAUGGAAGUAUCAGUAGUUCAGAUGUCAGCUCUUUAUGCUUCCAAAGUUUAUAUUCUUAAUAAAUCAAAAUAUUGAUCCUUUU